UUGAUAUUUUUUAAUUAAAAUAUUUUGAUAUGAAAUUAUCAAACUAAUAAAUAAAUUAUUCCCGUUUCGUCUAUUCGUGUAGACGAGAAGAAGAUUUAUUAUAAAUUGAAUACUCGUUGGUAGAUAACAAUACUAAUUGAUUUAAUAUUUACAAGGUGGCAAAAACUUCAUCAACAUAAUUUAUUAACUUAAACGACGUUAAAAAUUGUCGAUAAAAUAGGAAACGUUAAUUAUCUACAUCUGCCACAAUUAUAAUACGGUAGCGCCAUCGCAAAUCGUAUCUAUGCCGCGUGGCUAAGCAACAGUCUCAAUACAUAUGUAUAGUAUUCAUAUUCCUGUUCUGUGAUCUGACGUUGUUAUGGCAACCUAUAAUUUGUUUAUAUCGGAACACGGUAGUAGGUGUUGGACGAAGAUAUAAUUGUUAAAGGAAAUACAACGUUUAUAAUAAAAUGGAUUUGCCUGAUAUAUCUGCAUUAAAUGUACUGGAUCCUGAUGAUCGAUUAAUGAACAAAUUUCAAAAAACCCUUUAUACACAUUUAUCGAAUGUAAAUAACAGACUCUCAGAAGAAAUUUUUGAACUAGAAACGUUGAUCAAACAAGUUGAGAAAGAGUUAGAAUCGGAAGGUGUUGAUCUUUAUCAGACACAACAACAAGUUGAACAACAACAUUUAAUUAUUCGUCAAUAUUUUGAUGCUUUGUCUAAGAUAACAUUGUUAAAAGAAAAGAAAGAUCACAACAUAGAAGAAGCUAAAGGAGUUUUAAAAAAGAAUCAUUGUAAAUUAGAAGAUGAAAGAAAUAAGCAAAAAAAGCUUUCUCAAGAGUUGAAAAAUUUGUUGACUUUCUAUAACUAUUUGUCAAAGUGGGAAAAUGACCUGAAUGAUCACUUGAAAAUAUCGAAACAGAUUUCGUCGCAAGAUGCAAAUAAAAGGAAAAUGUUAAUCAACAAAAAGUAUCAACGAGAUUUUAUUUUAUAUCGAUUGAAAGAAGAAAUCUGGAAAGUUGAGGACGAAAUAGCAUAUUUGGAUGAACAAUUACAAAUUAAAACCAAAGAGAAAGUAGAUGCUAAUAGAAUGAUAAUAGAUGUAAAUACAGAUUUAGAGACCUUAUAUGCAGAACGCAAAGAUAUACAUGAUGUAUGGAAGUCUAUUGUGAUGAGUAUUUAUAAAAAUAAUAUGGAGACCAACGAACAUUUAACAUCUUUAUCAUUUCGUCUAGAAAAUGAUAUUAGAAUCGUAUCAAAAAUAGUAACAAUGUAUAAUGAAAAAAUUAAAGAUAUUGAAUGGCAGUUACUAAAUUUAACAAAAAUUAAUGAGCAUAUACAAUCUGAUUAUGAUUCUACUUUUACUAUCACAGUUGCAAAGAAACUAAAUUUAGAAAAUACAGUGUUCAGAAAGUUAGAAGAAAGACUUAUAUCUAACAAGACCGCACAAUAUGUAAACGAAUUGUUAUUAAAUACAAAAAAUGCUGUGUUGGAAAAUGAAGUUUCACUUGCACGUACAGAAAAUUUAUAUGGAAGUAGUCUUUUGGAGGUAGAAACAUUUGCAAAUCUCCUUGAAAAUCAAAAAAAAGAAUUGGAAGAAAUUUCUCAAAAAAAUAAAGAAAAGGAAGAGGAAAUAGAUGAAUUUCAAAAGGAAAUGAGAAAACAUGAAAUUACAAUUGAACGAAAACAGCAAAAACUUUUAGAACUGAACAAAGUUAUUGAACAGCUCACACCACACAUUGGUGAAGAUUUGGGACCACAAGAUAUAAAAAUUAUUGGUUUAGAAAAAACUAUUCAAGAUCAUUUACAGAAUAUUCAAAAAGCACAACAAUUUUGGAUGCGACAACAAGGUUUUAUGGUUUCAUUAAGCCAACAAAGGGAAUCGCAAUUACGAGAUAUAAAUCUUCUUGACAAAGAAAUUAUGAUAAUGGGACAAAAGAAUUUAAAAUUGGAAUCUGCAUUACACAUGCUUAUGAAAGACGACGCACAUGUAAAUAAAAUCAUACUUUCUCUUCAACAAAAACUAUUACGUAUGAAUGCAGGUUUAGUAAUGCAAAAGGAUCUGAAAGAUGAACUAGAAGACAAAAAUUGCAUAAUAAAAAAUGAAUAUAUCCUCUCGUUUCAAGAAUUGGAAUUGGAACUUAUAAAAUUGCGAAGCGAUAUAAAAAAUUUAGUUACAGAAAAGUUGUUAUUAAAAGAAAAUUUAAAAUCGGUGCAAGAAGAAAGUUUGUCUUGGGAAAAGAAAGUACAACUUGUGCAAGAAACAGUAAAGAAGAUAAAGGAUGAACAUAGUGCUGGAGGUAUAGCAACAAUGAAAAGUGAGAUACAUAAAAUGGAAAUGCGACUUUCUUACCUAAAAAAAAUACAAGAAAAAUUGGUCCAUGAUAUGGAACUCUGUGUCGCAAGAAGAGAUGUUAUAUUUAACAAAGUAAUUGGAAAAUUUAAAAAGAACCCGAAAGAAAGUCAUAAUGAGAAAGUAAUAAUUCAUAAACGUCUCUCUGAUCAACGGAUAAAAAUCAAACAAUUUAUAAAGGUAUUAAGACGAACUAAUGGUACAAUAGAGCAAGUAAAAAAUCAGUUAAAAAGUACGGAAGAUCAACUAGUUCAAUGUAAACAAAAUUUACAAAACAUUAAAGAACAUAUUCCUAAUAUAGGAAACGAGAUUGAACAAUUGGAAAUGUUAAAAUGUCAUAAUUUACAUAAUCUAGUCCUUAAGCAAAGAAAAGCAAAACAAUUACACGAUGUAAAAAAUGGUACUUAUAAAAUGGUGUAUAAAAACGAAGACACAAUAGAAGAAAGCUUGAAAAUGGAACACAAUUAUCGUCAAUAUUUAAAACACGUAUUAGAAAGAACUAAUCAUGAUUUUCCAAUGUUACAAACUAAUUUACAAAAAAUAUUAGUAACUUUAUAAAUUAAAGAAAGAACAGUAACUGCUAAAAUUAUUGAACUACUGGAAUAUCAGUUUCCUGAUAGAAAUAAACCUUUCCUGGAAUGGAAAUAUCACUUUCAUAAAUUAAUUAAUGACACACAUGUUGCAUAUAAAUUUUUUAUAUCUUUUUCAUAUUAUUAUAUUAUACGUAUUAAGAUAAAUUGAUUACAUUUAGUCCAAAGUAUCCACGAUUAUCGAGUUAUAUCAAAUUCAAUGAACAACAUUUGUAGAUAAGAAUAAUAAAUGCAUUAGAGAAUUAUCAAAUA